AUGUGGAGGAUUGAUAGGAUAGCUGCCGCCACUGUUGGGUUGACUUUGAAGCGGCUCAGCAUCUUGAGUAAUAGAUUUAACGGAAAUGAGCUUUAUCGGCUUAUUGAUGUUGUUAGAGGAGAUUUCAUCAUAUUCUUUAAUCAGAUAUUUGAUGCAUUAUGUAAGCUUUCGGCAGAUUCAGAUGCCAAUGUACAAAGUGCUGCACAUCUUUUAGAUCGCCUUGUAAAGGACAUUGUCACUGAAAGUGAUCAAUUCAGCAUUGAAGAAUUUAUACCCUUGUUACGAGAGCGGAUGAAUGUUCUAAAUCCCUAUGUCCGACAGUUUUUGGUUGGAUGGAUCACUGUAUUGGACAGUGUUCCAGAUAUUGAUAUGCUGGGUUUUCUUCCUGAUUUUCUUGAUGUGCUACUCUUGAAGUCUGUAGAUUAUGGUCGCAUGGCUGAAAUACUUGUUCAGAGGGCAGCUUCUCCAGAUGAGUUUACUCGGUUAACGGCCAUCACUUGGAUAAAUGAGUUCGUAAAACUUGGUGGGGACCAGCUUGUUCCUUACUAUGCUGAUAUUCUAGGAGCCAUUCUACCUUGCAUAUCUGAUAAAGAAGAAAAAAUCAGAGUGGUUGCUCGUGAAACCAAUGAAGAGCUUCGUGCAAUCCAGGCUGAGCCAGCAGAAGGAUUUGAUGUUGGAGCAAUCCUCUCUAUUGCAAGGAGGCAACUGUCUAGCGAAUGGGAGGCUACUCGAAUUGAAGCAUUGCACUGGAUUUCAACCCUUUUGAAUAGACAUCGAGCUGAGGUCUUAAUUUAUCUGAAUGAAAUUUUUGACACGCUUUUAAAAGCACUGUCAGAUCCUUCUGAUGAGGUAGUGCUCCUGGUUAUCGAGGUUCAUGCAUGCAUUGCGAAAGAUCCACAGCAUUUUCGCCAGCUUGUUGUUUUCCUAGUACAUAAUUUCCGGAUUGACAAUUCUCUUCUGGAGAAGCGUGGUGCUUUGAUAAUCCGCCGACUUUGUGUACUUUUAGAUGCUAAGAGGGUCUACCUGGAACUCUCCACGAUACUUGAGGGAGAAUCGGACCUGGAUUUUGCAUGUAUUAUGGUUCAGGCUUUAAAUUUGAUUUUACUUACGUCCUCAGAAUUAUCUGAGCUUCGAGAUCUCUUAAAACAAUCACUGGUUAACCCUGCCGGGAAAGAAUUAUUUGUUUCUUUAUACGCUUCAUGGUGUCAUUCACCCAUGGCAAUUAUAAGUCUUUGUCUAUUAGCUCAGACAUACCAGCAUGUCAGUACUGUGAUUCAGUCACUAGUGGAGGAAGAUAUUAAUGUCAAAUUUUUGGUCCAGCUGGAUAAAUUGAUUCGUUUGCUGGAAACUCCUACCUUCGCUUAUCUUAGAUUGCAGCUUCUUGAACCUGGAAGAUAUACUUGGUUAUUGAAAGCUCUAUAUGGUCUUCUUAUGUUGCUUCCCCAGCAAAGUGCAGCCUUUAAGAUACUACGGACUCGUUUGAAGACCAUACCUUCAUACUCUUUCAAUGGUGAGCAAUUCAAGCGGACAUCUUCAGGGAAUCCUUACUCUCUGCCAACUGGAUCACAAUUCAGUGAAGAUGGUGACUUGAACUCAGACAUGGGGACCUCGCACAGUGGAAUUAACUUUAAUUCAAGGCUGCAACAGUUUGAGCAGAUGCAGCACCAGCAUCGGAUGCAUGUGAAAGCACAGGUGCAGUUGCGAAAUAGUUCUACUACAGUAUCGAAGGAGGUACAAAGACCGCAAGAACCUCAUCAAUUGUCUCCUUCAUCAGACGGAAGUAGGCCUUCUUCAAGAUCAUCCAAGAAAGGUCCAGGGCAGUUACAACUUUAG